GGCCUUUGCUUGUUAAUCAUUGUUGAAUCAAAUAAUUACAGAUGCCUGUUUCUGUUGAUUACAUCUUUUGUCCACUCUCCAGUUCAAUGCUCUGCCCUAUGCAUUUAUAAAUGUGAGUUUCUAUUCUCAUUGUGCACGUUUUGUAACUAGACUUCGGGUUGUGUUCUCAUUCUAAUUUAAUUGAAAUGGUAUUAGACGUACAAUUUUCGGUAAAUGUUUUGUUGGAUUGGGAAACGCUUCUGACAACUGUCUGGUUCAUGAUUGUUAAGGUUUUGUAUUAGAGCUUCCUAGUCGUUGAUUCUGGUACUUUCAAAUUGGAAACUCAGAGCUCAUGUUUCCUAGUUCCGACUAGCACGAGAACGAGGCAUUAACUCCUAAAUUAUUUCGUGGGAAUCCUGAGAUGCAUAUGGUUCCAAAGAUCACUGUAGGCCUCUGUUUAUCAUGAUUGAAAAUGAUCCAGUGUGAGACCUGUGAUAAAGGUUGCUCAUAUUUGUUAAAAUUAACGUAUGUUUAACUACCUUGAAUGUUUGUCGACAUGUACAUUCGAGGUUGACAUGGGAGUGCAAAUUCAUUCCUGUACUGUCCUGAUUCUGCAACAGUUCCUAUAACCCCGGAUCAUAAUCACUCCUGUCCAGUGCUAAAAUUUAGCUGAAUGAGAGUGCAACCAGUCAUUUAGUGAUGUCUGUGUUACAUUAACAAAAGUCAUUCAUUGUAUUAAUCUGUUUCAAUGUAUAUAAUGUGUGCUGAGUCACUUUGACUCUCUCACAAAAUCAGUCACAUAGAUGUAUGCCGAUUGAGAUGUCUGUCAGUACCCAUUUAAAGUAAUGUCUUGAAAUGACAGAACAUAUUCCAUAAAACAUGUAUAUCAAGAUUUAAGGGUCUGGAGUCUGGACACAUUAUUAAACCCAGUCCUGGACUAAAAAGCACUUUAAAACUUAAUUUGGCCACCUGUGCCUCAAAGUAUUGAGAGCAUGAUGCUUCAGGGCCCUCCUCCACAUAGACACGCAUGUUCACACCACACACACAGAUGUGCACACACAUACUCAUGAGAAACAUGUGCAGCGUGAUCAGGGUGUAUGUAAUGCUAAUGUGCUGGGUGGUGAUCUUUGAUUAGUUAAUAAGUAACUGUGUGUCUUAAAUGGGAACCAUAGUGUGAGUCAGAUGAUUCCUACAUUGGGUCUGUGCUGUGGUGAGCACAGCCCCUCAGUGGAUCAGUCAGAGGCAGUGCAGCUCUCCAGUAUCUGCCGUAAGGGACACACUGUAUCAACAUUGCAAAACACCCGUGCUGAGCGUUUGGAAAAGUUGAAUGGACAGUGGCAGAGUAAGGACUGAGAAAGUGAUAAGAAAAGAGGAUUUUGAUCAUACAAGGACAACAUUAUUGGAUUGGAAUUUCUUCUCAACUUUCAAAAUAACCAUGGAACUGUCUCUGGCUCACCCGGCUCUCAAAGCCUUUAUGUGUGGCUCUCUCAGUGGAACAUGCUCCACCCUGCUCUUCCAGCCUCUGGACCUGGUCAAGACCCGCCUGCAGACCCUUCACAGCAACAUGCAGCCUGGUUCAGCAAGAGUGGGGAUGGUGACUGUGUUCUUAAGUGUUGUACGGACAGAGAAGCUCAUAGGACUUUGGAAGGGGGUCUCACCAUCAUUUGUGCGGACCAUCCCCGGCGUAGGGAUCUACUUCAGCACCUACUACUCUCUGAAGCAGCACUACUUCCUGGAGCAGGGCCCCGGGGCCAUGGAGUCUGUGCUGCUUGGAGCUGGGGCCAGGACUGUGGCAGGGGUCUGCAUGCUGCCUGUCACUGUCAUUAAAACUCGCUUUGAGAGUGGCAGGUAUAACUAUGUGAGCGUGGCAGGGGCUUUGCGCAGUGUGUGUCAAACAGAGGGACCCAGAGCUCUGUUCUCAGGGCUGACCGCCACCCUCCUCAGAGAUGCUCCCUUCUCAGGCCUCUAUGUCAUGUUCUACAGCCAGGGCAAGAACACUCUGCCACAGGAGAUAAGCGCGUCUCCCUACGCGCCCCUGGCUAACUUCAGCUGUGGGAUUCUGGCCGGGGUCCUGGCUUCCCUGGUCACCCAGCCAGCUGACGUGGUCAAAACCCACGUCCAAGUCAGCCCACAUCUGUACAAGAGGACUGCAGACGCUGUGCGAUACAUUUACAAUGAGCACGGGUUUCCUGGGUUCUUCCGGGGUGGGGUGCCACGUUCUCUGAGGAGAACGAUGAUUGCUGCCAUGGCAUGGACGGUGUAUGAACAGCUGAUGGCCCGCAUGGGCCUCAAGUCCUGAGGAGGGAUGACACAAAAGAGGGAUGACAAGAAGAAGGGGUGACAAGUCCUGAAGAGAGAGAAUGAAAUGAGGAACGUGUGUGGACCGAGGAAGAAAGUGAAAGUCAAGUCACCGAGGACAAACCAUUACAGUGAGGAGUGCCCUGGAAGGCACUGCUGUGUUUGUGUCUUAAGACUGCCUAGUUGUGAGAGGGUGCCAAUGGACUUCUUCACUGACAUACAGUAUUCUGCCAUAACAUUAUUAACACAUUGCAAAGAUAUGAUACCUCAAGGACUGGUAUCCAUACUUUGACAGAAAGAUGGGGACUAGUAGUUUUAUUAAAAUGUCUGUAUAUUUGAA